AUGUUAUCGUCAUAUCACACCUCGAUAGCAACGACGGCAACACAGGGCGGGCUACUCCUGCUCGCAAUGCUCCUUUUCAUGAUGCCAUCAAUAGCUGUCGCCUAUCCAACAACCACGUCUUACAUGUGGCCACACGUCUGCCAGCCAACACGCUUCGAUGAGUUCCUUGCCGUCAGCAAGUCCACCGGCAAACCUGUCUCGCUGGGGCCUAAAGGAUUCUAUAUUCACUUUGGCAACUCGCGAUGCCUUUUUCUGAGGGCUGAAACACCCGGACAGGAGGACAAAUAUACGUACUACCAGCAAGCACUUGUGGCCGGAUCACGUUGA